AUGUCUAUCAGCAUAGGAAGUGUGCACACAAUACUGCAUGAAAGGUUGGGAUACCUCAAGGUUUGUGCGCAAUGGGUGCCAAAACAUUUGACAGAGGAGCAAAAGAUUAAUCGCAUGUCUGUUUCCAUGAAACACCUUAUGCGGUACCACAAAAUGCGGAACCAAUUCCUUUCAAGGAUCAUUGCCGCUGAUGAAGCAUGGUUCCAUCAGUUUGACCCAGCCACCAAAAGCAUGGGAAUGGAAUGGCGACACUCUUCAUCCUCACACCCGAAGAAGGCUCGCACGUCCACUACAGUUGGUAAAGCCAUGUUAAUGUGCCUCUUUGAAGUCGAUGGUCCACUACUGUUGGAAUGGCUACCUACAGGCACGACUGUCACUGCUGCCACGUACUAUGCCACAUUGCAGGAACUGAUACAGAAUAUUAAGAAACCACCGUCGUGA